AUGUAUAAAAUAUCCCUUAUUAUUUUAUUAACUUCGCCUCUCGUUUUUAAUGUACCAAUUUCAAGAGCACAAAGAUUCAGCCCUCAGGCAAUGCAGGCACUGUUGUCAUUCUGGACUAAUUCACAUUUGCGAAGUUAUUUAGACGAAUUAUGCAAGAGCGGCGGAGCACAAAGUGUGAAAUCUGUUGACUUCAAGAGCUGCACGAUGGAGUGCUGGGCAAAAUUUGGAGACUCGAACGCAUCACAGACACAUAAGCUUCCCGAUGGUACACCGUGUGGGCUUAAUGACAAAAAAUGUCAGUAUGAUGGGUGCUGGGGCCCGAGGGGAACGAGGUAA